CAUGGCACUUCCGAUGAUACGCCUCGAGGAGGCGAACCAGCUGCUGGACUUUUCGAAGAAGCUUGAUAUCGGUCUGCUGGACAGCAUCGUGGGCUGUCUGUACAAUAGCACCGGUGAGCAGCUGCGCCUGGCCCAGACGGUGCUGACCACGCUGAAGGAGCAUCCGGACGCGUGGACGCGCGUCGAUAGCAUACUGGAGUACUCGCAGAACCAGCAGACCAAAUUCUACGCUCUGCAGAUCCUCGAGGAGGUGAUCAAGACGCGCUGGAAAAUUCUGCCCCGCAACCAGUGCGAGGGCAUCAAGAAGUACGUGGUGGGGCUGAUCAUUAAAACGUCGCAGGACCCGGCCGUGAUGGAGGCGAACAAAGUAUACCUGAACAAGCUGAACAUCAUCCUGGUGCAGAUUCUGAAGCGCGAGUGGCCAAACAACUGGCAAACGUUCAUCAGCGACAUCGUCGGGGCGUCGAAGACGAACGAAACGCUGUGCCAGAACAACAUGAUCAUCCUGAAGCUGCUGAGCGAGGAGGUGUUCGACUUUUGCUCCGGCCAGAUCACGCAGACGAAGGCGAAGCACCUGAAGGACACGAUUUGCUCGGAGUUUGCGCAGGUCUUCACGCUCUGCCAGUUCGUGCUGGAGAACUCGCUGAACGCGCCGCUCAUCUCGGCCACGCUCGAGACGCUGCUCAAGUUUCUCAACUGGAUCCCGCUCGGUUACAUCUUCGAGACGAAGCUGAUCGACAUGCUCGUCUGCCGGUUCCUCACGAUACCGAUGUUCCGCAACAUCACGAUCAAGUGUCUGUCGGAGAUUGCCGGUCUGCAGCUGCCCAACUACGACCACGUGUUCAUUGCCUUAUUCAAGCAGACGAUGGAGCAGUUCGAGACGAUGAUACCGCCCAACACGAACAUGAACCAGAUCUACAUGAACGGCUCGGACGACGAGCAGUGCUUCGUGCAGAACCUGGCCAUGUUCCUAUGCACCUUCCUGCGCGUGCACGCGACACUGGUGGAGAAGCGCGACACGAUGGAGGUGGUGCUGAAGGCGCUCGAGUAUCUCGUGAUGAUCUCCGAGGUGGACGACGUGGAAAUCUUCAAAAUCUGCCUCGAGUACUGGAACAGCUUGACCGGGGAGCUGUACAAGGAGGCGUACACCUCGAGCCAACGGCGCACCUUCUACUGCAAGAUUCUGUCCAAGGUGCGCUACAUCAUGAUCUCGCGCAUGGCCAAGCCGGAGGAGGUGCUGGUGGUGGAGAACGAGAACGGUGAGGUGGUGCGCGAGUUCAUGAAGGACACGAACAGUAUUAAUCUGUACAAGAAUAUGCGCGAAACGCUCGUCUACCUGACGCAUCUCGACUACGCCGACACCGAACGCAUCAUGACGGACAAACUGAACAACCAGGUCAAUGGGACGGAGUUCUCGUGGAAGAACCUGAACACGCUCUGCUGGGCCAUCGGUUCCAUCUCCGGGGCGUUCUUCGAGGACGACGAGAAGCGCUUCCUGGUGACGGUCAUCAAGGAGCUGCUGGGAUUGUGCGAGCACAAGAAAGGCAAGGACAACAAGGCAAUCAUUGCAUCCAACAUCAUGUACGUGGUCGGGCAGUAUCCGCGCUUUUUGCGAGCCCACUGGAAGUUCCUCAAGACGGUCGUAAACAAGCUGUUCGAGUUUAUGCACGAAACGCACGACGGUGUGCAGGACAUGGCCUGUGAUACGUUCAUCAAGAUUGCGCUCAAGUGCCGCCGGCACUUUGUGCAACUGCAGCCGAACGAGUCCUGUACCUUCAUCGAGGAAAUUUUGGCGACGAUGAGCAGUAUCAUUUGUGAUCUACAACCUCAACAGGUGCACACGUUCUAUGAAGCCGUCGGUUACAUGAUAUCUGCCCAGGCGGACCAGAUGCAGCAAGAUAUUCUGAUCGAAAAGUAUAUGAUGCUGCCGAAUCAGGUUUGGGACGAUAUCAUUUCGCAAGCCACCAAAAAUGUGGACAUCCUUAAGGAGAUGGGAGCGGUGAAGCAGCUUGGCAGCAUACUUAAGACGAACGUGCGUGCCUGCAAAGCACUCGGCCACUCGUACGUGUCCCAGCUCGGGCGCAUCUACCUGGAUAUGCUGAACGUGUACAAAAUUAUGUCGGAGAACAUCACGCAAGCGAUCUCGGUGAACGGACUGGCGAUCAACAAUCAGCCGCUGAUCAAGGCGAUGCACGUGGUCAAGAAGGAAACGCUCACCCUCAUCUCGGAGUGGGUCUGGAAGUCGAACGAUUCGCAAAUGGUUAUGGACAACUUCAUUCCACCGUUGCUGGAAGCCGUUCUAUACGACUACCAGCGUACCAAAGUUCCCAACGCACGGGAGCCGCUGGUGCUCAGCACGAUGGCAUCGAUCGUUAACCGGCUACAGUCCGUCAUCACGCCCGAGAUACCGAAGAUCUUUGACGCCCUGUUCGACUGUACGCUGGAGAUGAUCAACAAAAACUUCGAAGACUAUCCCCAGCACCGUACGAACUUUUACGAGCUGCUGCAGGCGGUCAACAUGCACUGCUUCAAAGCGUUCCUUAGCAUUCCGCCCGAACAGUUUAAGCUCGUAUUCGACUCGAUCGUGUGGGCGUUCAAGCACACGAUGCGCAAUGUGGCCGACACGGGUCUGAACAUUCUCAUGCAGAUGCUGCAAAACCUAGAACAGCACCCGCAGGCAGCGCAGAGCUUCUACCAGACGUACUACACCGAUAUCCUGAUGCAGAUCUUCUCGGUCGUGACGGACACGUCGCACACGGCCAGCCUGCAGAAUCACGCGACUAUACUCGCGUACAUGUUCUCGCUGGUCGAGGCCGGUCGCAUCACGGUGAAGCUGGGGCCCUCGGACGACAACGUGCUCAACAUCCAGGAGUACGUGGCGACGCUGCUCAAGUCCGCCUUCAGCCAUCUGACCGACAACCAGAUCAAGAUUUUCGCCACCGGCCUCUUCAAUCUCGAUCAGGAUGUGCACGCAUUUAAGGAGCAUUUAAGGGACUUCCUCAUCCAAAUCAAGGAAGUCACCGGAGAAGACGAUUCCGACUUGUACCUGGAGGAGCGCGAAACGGAGUUGAAAAAGAUCCAGGAGGAGAAGCGCCGCAUGCUGAUGGCGGUGCCCGGCAUGCUGAAUCCGCACGAAAUGCCGGAGGAUAUGCAGGACGAGUAGGCGGCGACAGGCAGAAGGGGAUGGAACGAAAAUCGAGAGGCAGCGAAAGAGAGAGAGAGUGAGACAGCGAGAGAGAGAAAGAGAGAGUACGCGUAGUUUUAAUUUUCUUUUUACGUUGUUUGCUAAUGCAAAUCCACCGCGAACCGAGGAUCUUUUGCGAAUCCCAUCCUCUCUCGCCGAGAGGAACCGGGCGGGUGUGUGUUGUGUUAAUGAGAUGCGCUCGAGUGUAUGUGUGCGUGUGCGUGUAAAAGGAGCAUGUGCGUGUGUAAGCGUUGAUUAGAAUGCACCGAAAAGCACUGGGGAAUGAAUAAAAGCGUAAGCGGAAGAUGGUAAGAGAAAGGAGACGCGGAGAGAAAGAGAGAGCAAGGCAUGCGAAGAGAGAAGAUGUUUGCCAGGCUACUACUAGGGAUUCCCACUUAACUUCUACCAUCGUCCAUUUGAUGCACGACGAACGGAGAAACUCUGUUUUAGGCCGAAACAACAAAUCGCAACAAGAACCCAAAUGCGCCCCUAGUUGAGGGCUUGCAGCCCUGAGUCAAAGGAGUUAUGGCAAUGAAGAAGUAAAUUUCUCGCAUACUGCGAUCUAAGUUGGCAUUCGCUCGUGUGACUUUUGUGUGUCACUUUGCGACGUAGUUUACUCCAUUGUCCUGUUUUCGUCGUUUCGCAGAUGGAUAUCGCACUCAGGAUCUUGAUUCUUUUGAUAAUUUAACAAAUAUAUUAGCUCCCACCGUUGAACGGGAGAGUGAAUGUGUGCGAAGCGAAAAAACCUUGCUCUCCAUCACAGGCAAAGGCAGCCAAUGGCUACUGUGUUUCGGCGAGGAUUUGCCACAUUCUCUAUGUACUAAGAGCAAAUUUACUAAGUUCAAAAAACUUUUCAUUCGUAUCCUGCGUUUCCUUUGCUUUUUUUGGUUUCUCGGCCACAGUUGCAGUUGUGUGUGGCACAUUCGUUUGCGUAUUCGAGUGACCCGUAUUUUUUUGCUCCCUCACGUUUUAGAUAUAGAUUCUGCUACGAAGAGGUUUAUAGUUUAAGGUAGAUUUGCGCGAAUUUCCUAUCGCAGCGUACAUUUUUCCUCCCAUUUUCACUGUGGAAAGUGCAAAGGUUUGCGAAAUUAAACAAACAUUUAACUGUGAACACGUUGCUCCGUACGUCACGGUACGAAUAUCGGAUUGUUUCGGCCACUUUCCUUCCCUGAACCUCUUGGUUCAGGAGCCAAUUCAUGAUGCCGGGAACAGGGAACAGACCAGCAAGCAUUAAAAUCCCUACCAUUGCGCUUCUCUAACUGAGCAUUACAGAGACUUUAUUUAAUAUAACUGUCCGUUUGAUUGUUUCUAUGCACCAUGUUUUUGACUUAUCAACCGCAAUGCAUCCAAUUUGUAGCUAUAUUACUCUUACUCCGAACGUAGCUGUGUGUGUGUGUGUGUGUGUGGGCCGGAUGAUUGAAAAAAUGAGAAAACUCUGUUAAACGGAAACAAGCAGCGCACUUUAGACGAUAAAACACAGCAUCUUUAGGCUAAUAACGGUGUUUAGCGUAGUUCUUGGGAAUUUUGUAGUAGCGUUCGUCGUGUGCGUGCGAAACUGUGAGGAAAGCCAGCCAGCAAGAGAGCGAGAGAGAGAUGGCGCGCCAGAAGAGAAGACCCCUUGCACCCCCUCAAUCCCCGAUUCCCUUUCUCCUUCCUUUCUCUAGUGUUUAAGAAAAUUUGCGUGAAUGUGUUGAUUUUUAUUUGAAGUCGCGCGAAAUGGAAUAUACAAACAAGGCGCGGCGCAACGGAGGGCUAAGGAAACACUAAACAAACAGCGCUCAGAAAUGAAGCGACACAGAAAUGGACACGGAGACACGGACAGACAGGUAGGCGGUAGCAAUAGACAAAGCGAGUGUACCACAAGGACUCCCCCCCCAACUGAGUUGAAUGCAAACCACACAAAUAGGAACCCCUUCUGCGUGCGUGUGCGUACGAAGGAUGCGUGCGAUGCGUUAGUAGAAAAAGGAAGCGAGAAAACAAAGAGAACUAAAACUAGAGCAACUGGAGAAUAAAAACCGAUGAAACA